GAACUCAACUCUGUGAUAUAUACUUUCACACGAUCCCUAGAAGUCUGAAAUCGUGAUGAAUGAUUUCAAACCAAAAUUUGUGAAACCUGCGGAUACUUCUAGCUUCCUCGAGAAAAAUGAACCAUUUACUAUAGACACCUCGAACUUCAUUUAUAAUAGACACAUCUCUCAAUCCAUUCAAACUCAGAGACAACGGUUACCCAUAUUCAACAACAGAAAUCAUAUUCUUUAUUUACUAGAAAAAUAUCAAACUCUUGUUCUUGUUGGAGAAACUGGCUGUGGGAAAAGCACUCAAAUUCCGCAGUACAUGAUCGAAGCUGAAUGGCCCGGUCAAAUUGGAAUAUGUGAACCACGAAGAGUGGCAGCUAUUUCUUUAGCUAGCAGAGUGGCCGAUGAGACUGGAACCCUAGUGCAACAAGAAUAUGUGGGGUACGCUGUUAGAUUUGAUGCUUGUUACAAUAAACCGAAAAUUAAGUAUAUGACAGAAGGAAUACUGUUGAGAGAAAUGAUGUCAGACCCUCUUUUGAAGAAUUACUCUGCAAUAAUGUUAGAUGAGGCUCAUGAACGUAGCCUAUAUACCGAUAUUCUGAUGGGUCUAAUGAAGAAAAUUCUAAAGAGACGAAAAGAGUUGAGAUUAAUUAUUGCUUCUGCGACACUGGAUGCCAAAGAAUUUCAAGAGUUCUUCAACAAUAAUCCAACAAGUGAUAACAAAAAAGAUACUGCGGUUAUUCUUUCCGUCGAGGGAAGACAAUUUCCAGUAGAUAUAUUUUAUGUUGUAGAACCUGUACCAUGUUAUGUACAAGCUUCUGUAGAUGCAGUUUUAAAAAUAAAUUCUUCUAAAGAACAAGGAGACAUCUUAGUAUUUCUGACUGGACAAGAAGAAGUAGAUAGAGCUGUAAGGCUUCUGAACGAACACGCUAAUCUUAUCGAGGAGGCACAGAAAACAGGAAAACUGAUGGUAGUUCCCAUGUAUGGGUCACUACCAUAUCAUGAGCAGUUGAAAGUGUUCAAACCUCCUCCAAAUGGGUAUCGAAAGGUUGUAGUGGCGACCAAUGUGGCUGAAACUUCUGUAACAAUACCGGGCAUUGUACAUGUUAUUGAUUGUGGAUUUGUGAAAAUGAAAUGGUACAACACUGAGACACACACAGACAGUUUAGUUGUUUUGCCCAUAAGUAAAUCUUCGGCCAACCAAAGAGCUGGCAGAGCAGGAAGAGUGAGAUCCGGAAAAGUAUACAGAUUGUACACAGAAGAGUACUUUUCUAAACUAGCCGAGAAUACUCCUCCUGAAAUGGUAAGAAGCAACUUAACCUAUGCAGUCCUGCAAAUUAAAGCGCUAGGUAUUGACAACAUAUUAAAAUUCAAUUUUCCAAGUCCUCCUCCUGUUCAAAAUUUGAAAAGUGCACUGGAAAUUUUAUAUGCAUUAGAUGCUAUUGAUAUUCAAGGAGAAUUGACAAGACCUUUAGGGUUUCAUAUGGCCGAAUUUUCCCUUGAUCCACUCUACACGAAAGUUUUGUUGAGUUCAGGCGAGUUUGAAUGUUCAGAAGAGAUAUUAACAAUAAUUGCAAUGCUUCAAAUUGAAACUGUGUUCACGAAACCGUCUUCCGGAAAUUUCAGUAUCAAGGCUAGGGUUCAAAAAAGGCUUUUCGCGGUAGAAGAAGGGGAUCUGAUAACAUACCUUAAUGUAUACAAUGGGUUCAUUGAAAGUGAAAUGUCACAAGGAUUUUGUCACAAGAACUUCCUUAGCUACAAGAGUUUAAAAAGAGUUGUGGAAAUCCGAAGAAGACUCGAAAAGAUGUUGAUAAAUUAUGACGUACCUAUUAUUUCUUGUAUUAGAUCCACUGAAACUAUUCGUAAGUGUCUAAUAAAAGGAUUAUUUCCCAAUGCUGCAUACCUUCAUCGUAGUGGGGUUUAUAAGACAAUCAGGGGAGAUACUGAGCUCUUUGUGCAUCCAGAUAGCGUCUUAUAUACAAUUCCCCAGCCCCAAUGGUUACUGUUUUGCGAGGUAGUGCACACUACGAAACUUUAUAUGAGGGAUCUGACAGUUAUUGAAAGUGAUUGGUUACUAGAAUUUGCUCCACACUUUUAUCACAAAACAACAUUCUAUGAAUGAAAUAUGAGACAAAUAAAAUAUAAAGGUUUU